UAGGAAGGCCCGCUUGUUGUCAUGGAAACGCAGUGUGUCCACUCUCAUACCUGACAUUUUUGACCUAUUAAUAAAACCUAUUGGUUUUACAUAUUAGCUUUAUAGGCAGCGCAGACCGUUUGACGCGUCCCAGUGGUCGUUAAGUGCAGCUGGACGUUCUGCGUGGACUAUUAUUGGGGCGGUGACGCCCCCCGCAGUCAGCGUGCUGUGGGCGCUCGGACCCACGCCGCUGGGCUCCUCUCCGUCCGUCCAUAACCCGGAGGAGGCACAAUGACGGGCAGCAUCGCGGGACUCGAGAGGUUCGACAGUCCGGGAAAAGGCCGAGGCCUCCGCGUUACGAGACCGUUCAAAGUGGGCGAGCUGCUGUUUUCCAGCCCUGCCUACGCCCACGUGCUGUCUUUAAAGGAGAGAGGCUGCUACUGCGAAUUCUGCUUCACCAGGAAAGAAGGUUUGGCAAGAUGUGGGAAGUGCAAGAAAGCGUUCUACUGCAACGUGAAAUGCCAGAAAGGAGACUGGUCCAUGCACAAGCUGGAGUGCUCGGCCAUGACUGCGUUUGGUGAGAACUGGGGCCCGUCAGAGAUGUCGCGGCUGAUGGCCCGAAUCCUCGCAAAGAAGAAAUCGCAGAAAGAAAGGUCUGCGUCGGAGAAGAUUCUACUGAUCGGGGAGAUGCAGUCGCAUGUGGAGGAUGUAGACAAUGAGAGGAGAGAAAUGAAUGAGGUCGAUAUUGCUGCACUGCAUCGGUUCUACUCCAAGCACUUGGAGAUGCCUGACCACAAAGACCUUCUCACACUGUUUUCUCAGGUUGCCUGCAACGGUUUCACCAUAGAGGAUGACGAACUCUCCCACAUGGGAACUGCAGUCUACCCAGACGUGGCACUGAUAAACCACAGCUGUCUCCCCAGCGUCAUUGUCACAUACAACGGGACGGCAGCUGAGGUCCGAGCGGUGCAGGACAUGAAGCCUGGAGACGAGGUUCUGAUCAGCUACAUAGACCUCCUCUACCCGACAGAGGACCGCAACGACAGGCUGAGAGAGUCCUACUACUUCACCUGUGACUGUCAGGAAUGCAAAAGCAAAUCCAAAGACGGGGCAAAGUUGAAAGUGCGUAAGCAGAGUGACCCCAUUGAGCAGGAGGUCGUCAGCAACAUGAUGCGCUACGCCAGGAAAACCAUCAGGGAGUUCAGAGCGCUCAAACACGUUAAGACCCCUAGUGAGUUACUGGACGUGUGUGAACACAGCCUGGAGAAGAUGGGAGGCGUCUUCGAUGACUCCAACGUCUACAUGCUUCACAUGAUGUACCAGGCCAUGGGCAUCUGCAUCCACAUGCAAGAUGCUGGCGGUGCUGUCGCGUACGGCGAGAAGAUCCUCAAACCCUACACCCAGCUGUAUCCGCCCUACUCCUUGAACGUGGCGUCCAUGUAUCUGAAGCUGGGCAGACUGUACAUGGGGCUGGACAGGCACUCGAUGGGCAUCAGUGCAUUCAAGAAGGCGAUGGCUAUAAUGGAGGUGGCUCAUGGCAAAGAUCACGUUUACUUGGCUGACUUGCGCAAAGACAUGGCACAAAAAUGAACAUAACGAAGAGAAGAUUCGAUUCCCAUGGACUGUAUUUAUUUAUUUCAUGUUUUUCCUGCUAAAGCAAUGAGAGAGGAUUUGUGUUUUUAUGCAUAUAUUUACCUUUGAAUUUCACAUCUACGUUAGUGAAACACUGUGAAUGCAGGAUUCUUUUGUACUAAGGAUGAAUGUAAUGUUUAUCUUUGAUAAUCUAAAAUUGUGGUAGCAGCUGCUUCUUUUCCAGACCGUUAUAAAUGUUGCAACACA